AUGGUCAUAUCACCACUUAGAAUAUUAUUCCCCUCAUAUUUAAAGCGAUUUAGAAAAGUUAGAAUAAAAUCUACCAGAGUAAUAAUAUUAAUUAUUAUUUUACUACAGAUUGCUGUUUCAAUAUGGAUAUAUAACUGCUAUUUUGAAGAUAGUUUAAACAACUUUUAUUCUUCCAACCAUGAUACCAGCACUACUAGCACUACUACCACCACCACUACUAAUAAUAAUAAAAAUAAUAAUGGUAACACUGGGACAAGUCCAGAUUCUACAAUAUAUUCUUUUACUAAACCUAUUUUCGAUUUACUAUCUUUACUCAAAUCAACUCCGGCUGAAACAAUCGAACAUGCCUCCGCACUUUAUAGGAAAAUGUUUUUUGACACAAGUCCAAGUUGGAUUGAUGAUUAUUAUUUUAAAUCCAAUCUUUUGACCGUAUCUAUGGGUUCAAAUAAGACCAAGCAAUUAAACUCAAUCGAAGAAUUAAGUUUCUACGAUAGUGAUCCAAGAUUGAUAUGGUCUGUAUACCUGUAUCAUAUUUUAAAGAACGCAAUAGACAGUAGACAUCUCAAAUCAUCUGAUGACUUUAAAUUACCAUUCUCAUGGUAUGACUGGUCUGAUUACCAUGAUUAUAACAAAUUAUUGUCAGUUAAGAAUAAAUUUCAAGGCAAGUUAAAUUGUCAAUUGGCAACAAAGACAUAUAUAGAUCAUGAUCUUUUAGUCGAGAUAGAAGAAGAAUUGAGUGAUUUUUUAUUUCUGAUAGAUAGAUCAAAAUAUGAGGAUAACUUUUGGUAUCGAGGCAUAACGUCGUUUCAAUCAGGUAUACAAAAUUAUAAUAUAUCUGAAUUCUGUAUAGAUUAUGAAGAAAAUGAUCCAUUAUAUAAGAGCCCUUUUAAUUUGCCAUUUAAAGUCAAUAAUAUUUGGACAAAAAUCAGGCCUGAAGUUUAUCAAAUUAGUGCGAGAAACUAUCUACUGAGCACCUUCCGUAAUCCCCUGUCAAUGACUAUCCUUAACUCCAAUACAUCUGCCUUCCAAGUAUAUAUAGAGCAAGAACAACGUAACAAUAUGAUUCAAUCAGACCUUUUAUCAAAUUUUGUUGAAGACAAUAUAAAGAAGAAAGAUGAUUAUAAAUUUGACCAUAUUAAAAUCUUUGAAGAUUUUAUUAAUGAUACUUCAAUAAAUAAACUUUUUGAACUCGAAAUCCCUAAUAAAAAUAGUAGUCUAUAUCAAAUCGAUAGAUUUGAAUUGACUUUGGAUGAUUUUAAAUUUGAUGUCAAAUCCAAAAUUGAAGAAUUAGAAUCUAUAAAUAAGAAAGAUGAUAAAAAGUUGUCAUUACAUGAAAAAGAUUACUUAAGUAAUCUUAAAACUUCAUACAGGACACAUCCAGCUUUUGCUUCGAAAUAUUUACAAGAAGCAGAUAAUUUAAUAGGCAGUAAAUUGGGUGGGGGUGGCCAUAGAGAUAAAAGAUUCUAUAAUGGUGCUGCAACUGACACUGGCAUAAAUAAGAAGGCACGAAUGAAUUCACUUAUAAGAGUUUUCCAACGGUUUGUCCAAAGCAAUGGGCUUGUCUCUUGGAUAUCACAUGGCACUCUAUAUGCACAUUUAUACAACGGAUUAGCAUUUCCAUGGGAUAAUGAUUUUGAUGUACAGAUGCCAAUCAAACAUUUACAUUUAUUAGCACAGUAUUUUAACCAAAGUUUGAUCCUUGAAGACCCAAGAGAGGGUAAUGGAAGAUACUUUUUAGAUGUCACACCUUCUAUCUCUGUUCGAACUAAUACUAAUGGUAAGAAUAAUAUUGACGCAAGAUUUAUUGAUGUUGAUUCUGGUGUUUAUGUUGAUAUUACUGGAUUAAGUGUCUCUUCUGCUUCAUAUGAGAAAGAAAAAAUAGAUAUAAUACCACCAAAUAAAUAUAAUGAAAUUAAGGAACAAAUCAUGGGAAUAAAUAAAACCAAGUUAACUAAUCCUGAAUUAGGUGAAGAAUUAGCUUCUAAAAAUUUAUUAGAUCUUGAAAAAUACAUGUUUGAUCAUAAAGAUGACUUUACUUACGAACAAUUUGCAGAUGUUCAAAAGAUGAUAAGAAAGGAGAGACAACAACAAAUUAAACACACAAAUUAUGAUAGGGGCCUUAAUGAUGCUCAAAAAUACCAUCUUCAUGAAAAAUUGAAUAUCGUUAAUUGUAGAAAUCAUCAUUUCAGUAGAUUAGAUAUGAUUUCUCCAUUAAGAUUGACAUAUUUCCAUGGGGUGAGGGUGUAUAUUCCUAAUAAAGCUAUUGAAUCAUUACAAACUGAAUACACUGUUCCCAAAAGAUAUGGAUUUCAGAGUUUUGAAGGUAAAACUUAUAUUCCGAAGUUGAAACAAUGGAUCUUAUUUCCAAUAUUAAGGAGAAUAGCCAAUAUUAACGGUAUAUUCAAAAAUAUGCUACCUCUCAGAUCAGAAGUCAGUGCACUAUCCUUUUCUGAUCUCAAAUUUAUUUUACUUAAUAUGGUUAUUGGUGAAUAUUAUGAUUUAUUGUCAUAUACUGUGACCACAUUUGAUGUUACUAAUUAUCGUGUUAAAGAAUUAGAGAUAAUCUUUGAUACGUGGAUGUCUGUAAAGGAUAAAUCCAAGUUAUUGUCAAUUAUGAGAGACAGAAUUGGUGAUAAAAUGAGCUCUCCUAUGAAGGAUGCGUUGUUAUUAGAUUAUGAGAGUAGGAUAUGGAGACAAUUUGAGAAAAGAUUGAGCCAUAUUGAAUUACAAGACAUUAAAAAAUCUGUACUGUCUUCAAUAGUUGACGAAAUUUCUCAGAAAUUUACUAUUUUCAACUCAAACAAAUGGUUUGGCAACAAACUAUUGGAAAAUGAAGACUCUACAAAUAAUGCAUAUAAUAUUGAUAAGGCUGGACUUAACAUAUAUAAUGGCAUUGAAAAUCAAAUCAACACGAUAUUUGAAAGCGAUCCAAAUUUUUAA